AUGUGCAGUGGCAAGCUGCAGACAGGUUUGCUGGUGGCCAGCUACUUCAUCUACCUGCUGGUGGGUGCUGCUGUCUUCCAGGCACUGGAGAGGACCGCUGAGAAGCAGGAGAAACUGGCAGCUGCCCAGAUGAAGGAGGCUUUUCUGCAGAACUUCACCCACCUCACAGUGGCAGAGAUGGAGCAGUUUAUGAAGAACCUGACUGAAGCCAUUCAGAAUGGAGUGUACCCUGUUGGAAAUGAAUCACAGGUUGAAGAGAGCAACUGGGAUUUCAGUAAUUCCUUCUUCUUUGCAGGCACAGUUGUCUCCACAAUAGGCUAUGGUACGCUACGUCCUAAAACUACUGGGGGACAGAUCUUCUGUGUCUUUUUUGCUCUGUUUGGGAUCCCUCUGAAUAUUGUUUUUCUGCACCGUGUGGGCAAGAUGCUCUCACUGCUGUGCAAAAAGCUGGGGACAUUCCUGUCCGAGAAAGGAAUGAGAAAGAAGAAGAUAAAAUCUUUGACCCUUUUGUUCUUCCUGGCAACGGGGAUCCUAGUUUUUCUGUGCUUGCCAUCACUCUUCUUCCAGAUAACAGAAGGCUGGUCCUACAGUGAAGGAAUUUACUUUGCAUUUAUUACCCUCAGCACCAUUGGCUUUGGGGAUUAUGUAGUAGGUAAACAGCCUGGCAGGAACUACUUCUCCUACUACAGAACACUGGUGGCCAUUUGGAUUCUUUUUGGCCUUGCCUGGAUUGCUCUCCUGUUUAAUUUAUUGACAACGGUACUGGAAGACACUGAGAAAAUAAUUGUCAAGGAUCUCCAUCAAAUUGGAAAGGUGAGUAAGGACAGUGAAGAAAACCAACAACGAAGGUGCUGGCCUGCUCAUUUUAUUCCUGAAGAGGAACCACCACAUCCUGGAGGGGAUGCAGAGACAAUGGA